ACCACCAUGCGUGUUCCAAGAUUUUUACGACAGUUUAAGCAUUCCUCGCACCGAAAGCCCCUUUUCGGUGAGUUGAUCGUGAAGCUACUGUUCAUCGUUUGCUGCGUUAUAAUCACGGUGCUGCUGAUCAUUCACAAGUACGAAAAUUUGGAUAACUUCAAGCGUACGCUCUACUACCGCUACACCGACGAUGGUGACGAGUUCUUUGCGUUGCGCCGCAAUAUCGAUGGGGAAAAGAUGGACUGGCAUAAUUACGAACUGAUGGAGGAAGAGCGGAAACGGGUGGGACCGGGUGAGCAGGGCCGGCCGUACAAACUGACCAGCGAAAAAGAUAUCGCACUCAACGAUAAGCUAUUUAAAGAGAACGGUUAUUCGGCGGUCGUUAGUGACAUGAUCGCGCUAAAUCGUUCGGUACCGGACAUACGCCAUCCGAGUUGCCGUACGAAGGAAUAUCUUAAGGAACUUCCAACGGUUAGUGUGAUCGUUAUCUUUUACAAUGAGCACUGGAGUGCUCUUCUUCGGACCGUGUACAGUGUUCUGAAUCGAUCUCCACCUUCGCUACUGAAGGAAAUCAUACUGGUAAAUGAUCAUAGUACAAAACCAUUUCUUUGGACACCUCUGCGAGAGUUUGUGGAAUCGGAACUGGGUCCGAAGGUGCGGCUAGUGGAUCUUCCCGAGCGAUCUGGAUUGAUUGUUGCUCGAAUGGCUGGAGCUCGGGAGGCUCGUGGCGAUGUGCUGAUUGUGCUGGAUUCUCAUACAGAAGUCAACACCAACUGGCUUCCUCCACUGUUGGAACCCAUCGCGGAAGACUACCGAACGUGCGUCUGCCCCUUCAUCGAUGUGAUCGCUCACGACACGUUCCAGUACCGGUCACAAGACGAAGGUAAGCGUGGUGCGUUCGAUUGGAAGUUCUACUACAAGCGCUUACCUCUGUUGCCCGGCGAUCUUGACGAUCCGACGAAACCCUUCAACAGUCCGGUAAUGGCUGGCGGACUGUUCGCUAUCAGUGCCAAAUUCUUCUGGGAGCUCGGAGGGUACGAUGAGGGCCUAGAUAUUUGGGGCGGUGAACAGUACGAGCUAAGUUUUAAAAUCUGGCAGUGUGGCGGACGCUUGGUCGAUGCACCUUGCUCCCGGGUCGGACACGUCUACCGUGGGUACGCACCGUUCGGCAAUCCACGAGGCGUUAACUUUGUGGUACGAAACUUCAAGCGCGUCGCGGAAGUGUGGAUGGAUGAGUACAGCCAAUUUCUGUACGAGCGUAAUCCACAGUUUGCCAAGACGGAGCCGGGCGAUUUAACUAGCCAGCGAGAACUGCGGGAACGGUUACAGUGUAAACCGUUCAAAUGGUUCUUGGAAGUGGUCGCUCCGGAUUUACUCGUGCGCUAUCCACCUCGCGAUCCACAACCGUUCGCAUCCGGCCGGGUGCAGAGUAUGGCCAAUCCAAAGCUUUGCCUAGACUCGCUGAACCACCAGGCGAAGGAACCGAUCGGAUUGUAUACAUGCGCGGUGAACAAAUCGCACCCACAGAACAAUCAGUUCUUCACGCUGUCCUACCACCGGGACAUACGUGUGCGUAGCAACGAUAAGUGUCUAGAUGCUGCCAAACUGGACGAUGAGAUUGUACUGUUUAGCUGCCACGAGUCUCAGGGCAAUCAAAUGUGGCGAUAUAAUUAUGAAUCCAAUAUGAUCAUCCACGGUAAGGACCAUCUAGGACAAUGCCUUGAAGCGGAUCUCGCCACUAAAAAGUUGUUCAUCAGAAGCUGUGAUAAGGAUAAACUGUCUCAGAAGUGGAACUGGGGCUUCGUCAACUUUGUACACCUGCAGAAUUGGGAUGUUUAUGGAGCCAAGUUUUUAUAAU